UAGGACAGCCUAUGCUGUCUGUUUUCCUGUAGUUCAGCUGCACAUGACUGGAGCUGCCAUGCGAGUCAGUCAGGAAGAAUUUGAAAAGGCUAAAGACCAGCUGAAACUUUUGAAGGUGGACCCUGGUAAUGAAGUAAAGUUGAAGCUCUAUGCAUUGUUUAAGCAGGCUACUGAGGGUCCCUGCAGUUCUCCGAAGCCUAGCAUGCUUGACUUUGUCAAGAAGGCCAAAUGGGAUGCAUGGAAUUCACUUGGCAGUUUGUCUAAGGACAAUGCCAGACAGAAAUAUGUUGAUCUUGUGUUGAGUUUGGUCUCUUCUGAGCCCUCUAGCAAGGCAAAAGAUACCACUUCUGAGAGCAAACAAGGAUAUGAAACCCUACAAGUUACCACCACAGACAAUAUCACUAAGAUAAUGCUAAACCGCCCUGACAAGAAAAAUGCUAUCACUACACAGAUGUAUAGAGAAAUUAUUCAAGCAGUUGAAGAAGCUGCCAAGGAUGACUCCGUUAUAACUGUUGUAACAGGAAAUGGGGAUUAUUACUGUAGUGGAAAUGACCUUAAUAACUUUACCAAUAUCCCAUCCGGUGGAAUAGAGAAGAUGGCAAAAGAUGGUGCAGUAUUACUUGAGGACUUUGUCAGCCACUUUAUUGAUUUCCCUAAGCCAUUGAUUGCAGUGGUGAAUGGUCCAGCUGUUGGAAUCUCUGUAACUCUUCUUGGGCUCUUUGACAUUGUGUAUGCUACUGACAGGGCCACAUUUCACACCCCAUUUAGUGAACUUGGUCAGAGUCCAGAAGGAUGUUCUUCUUACAUGUUUCCAAAGAUAAUGGGCUUACCCAAGGCAAAUGAGAUGCUUCUUUUCAACAGAAAGUUGACAGCAAGGGAAGCAUGUACCUGGGGACUUGUGACUGAAGUUUUCCCUGACAAGACUUUUGAAAAGGAAGUUUGGAUAAGACUUAAAGCUUAUGCAAAUCUCCCCAAAAAUUCGUUGGCACUAUCAAAGCAGUUAAUACGAGGUGUGGAAAAGGAGAUGCUGCAUAAAGUUAACUGUCAAGAGUGUGAACGCCUCAAAGAAAGGUGGUUAUCUGAUGAAUGCAUGAAUGCUGUUCUGAAGUUCUUUGAGAAGAAAUCAAAACUCUAAUUUUUAUUGUUGAUGAAGAUCAAACUCCAGAAGCUCAUCUGUUUAUCCACAUUGAUGGGAUUUUAAUAAGUGACUACUCUUUCUGGAGUAAAUCCAAGUUGUGCCUUUUUAUCGAUGUUCAUUAUUACUGUAUUGUAUAGAAACAAGUUCAUAAAAACAUUUUAAUAA